GUGCUGUGGGGAAGGCCGCCCCCGCGCCGUGCUCCUCGCGCCCCGGAAGGACAAGCGGGUGCUGGGAAGAUGGCGGCGGCGAGCGCGCUGGUGACGACGGCCCCGGUGUGCGUGCUGGUGCUGGGCAUGGCCGGCUCCGGGAAAACCACCUUCGUGCAGCGACUCGCGGCCCACCUGCAUGGGCAGCGCUGCCCCCCGUACGUGAUCAACCUGGACCCCGCCGUGCACGACCUGCCCUUCCCGGCUAACAUCGAUAUCAGGGACACUGUGAAGUACAAAGAAGUCAUGAAACAAUAUGGGCUGGGCCCAAAUGGUGGAAUAGUGACCUCUCUCAAUCUCUUUGCUACAAGAUUUGAUCAGGUGAUGAAGUUUAUUGAAAAAAGGCAAAAUGCAUCCAAGUAUGUUAUUAUUGACACACCAGGGCAAAUUGAGGUAUUCACCUGGUCAGCAUCAGGAACCAUCAUAACUGAGGCCUUGGCUUCCUCUUUUCCUUCAGUUGUUGUUUAUGUGAUGGACACCUCUCGCAGUACUAACCCUAUCACCUUUAUGUCCAACAUGCUGUAUGCUUGCAGUAUCCUGUACAAGACAAAGCUACCUUUCAUUGUUGUCAUGAACAAAACUGACAUAAUUGACCACAGUUUUGCAGUAGAAUGGAUGCAGGACUUUGAGACUUUUCAGGAUGCCUUGAAUCAAGAGACAUCCUAUGUCAGUAACCUGACUCGUUCUAUGAGUUUAGUGUUGGAUGAAUUUUACAGUUCACUGAAGGUGGUUGGUGUUUCUGCUGUGCUCGGCACAGGACUGGAUGAUUUUUUUGUUCAGCUUUCUAAAGCUGUAGAUGAAUAUGAGAGAGAAUACCGUCCAGAAUAUGAGCGCCUGAGAAAAACACUGGAGAAAGCUCAAAAUAAACAAAAGAAAGAGCAGCUGGAACACUUGUGGAAGGACAUGGGCAGCGUUUGUGUGCAGGGCAACACACUCGCAGGGUCUGAUGAUGCUUCUGCAAUGGGUCCCUCCGAGCUGAUCCUAACACGAGGAACUCUUGACGAAGAAGAAGAGAGGCAGAGUGAUACUGAUGACAUUGACCAUGAAGUUACUGAGGAGAGUCAUGAAGAACCAGCUUUCAGAAACUUUAUGCAAGAGACGCGGAUGAAAUACCAGAGAAGCAUCAAACCGAGUGAACGAGACCUUCAGAAAUAGAGGGUUUGGAAUCCCUUGUAAUGGAGUUAAAACAACUGUUGGCUAUAUGAGUUGAAGGUCUUGUAUCCAACUGACUGCACGUUUGGCUGUCUGCCACUGUGACUUCCUGAAGCUGAAGGAACCAGAUAGGACUUUCUUUUGCUCCAAAUUCUUUAGAUGUGCCUGUUGAGAGCUCAGAUUUUGAGCUCUGACAGUAUUAGCAUCUAGAGUAUUUCUUGGUCUCCAGAAGUGUGUUCUGUUCACCUUGUGCAGACAGGUGUCUGUUGCAGCCAGGACACGAGUGAAAUCUCUGCUGCAUGAAACUUCAUCAAUCUAGUGUUUGAUGUUUUGGUUUUAAUUAAAUAUAUUUUAUGUACUAACAAAUGCAUGAUGGUUAAUAGCAGCAGAUUUCAUUUCACCUUU